AUGCCUGCCUAUCUAUCUAUCUAUCUAUCUAUCUAUCUAUCUAUCUAUCUAUCUCUCUAUUUUGACUUGAUCGUAUCGAUUUUCGUUAGUCUGUUCAUAUCUAUCUAUCUAUCUAUCUUGGCUUGUUUGUAUCUAUUUUUGUUGGUCUGUUCUUAUCUAUCUAUCUAUCUAUCUAUCUAUCUAUCUAUCUCCGUCAGUUCAUAUCUAUCUAUCUAUCUAUCUAUCUAUCUUGGCUUGAUCUCUGUUCAUAUCUCUCUCCCUUUUUCUCCCUCUUUCUCCACCCCCUCUCUCUCUCUCUCUUUCUCUCUCUCUCUAUCUAUCUAUCUUGACCUUCUGUUCAUAUCUCUCUCCAUCUCUUUCUUCCUCUCCCCCCUCUCUCUCUCUACCUCUCUCUCUCUCUCUAUCUAUCUAUCUUGGCCUGUUCAUAUCUAUUUAUCUAUGUUGGUAUGUUCACUAUCUAUCUAUCUAUCUAUCUAUCUAUCUAUCUAUCUAUCUUGGCUUGAUCAUAUCAAUUUAUUUUCGUUAGUCUGUUCAUCUCUCUCUCUCUCUCUCCCUCUCUCUCUCUCUAUCUAUCUUGGCCUGUUCUUAUCUAUUUAUCUAUAUUGGUAUGUUAUCUAUCUAUCUAUCUAUCUAUCUAUCUAUCUAUCUAUCUAUCUAUCUGUACGUGUGUUAGUUUGA